CAAUGACGCUUUCCCUUUAGAUUCAUCAUAUGGGCUCUGUGUGUCCUCUAGAUUGGUUCGCUUACGUGGCAUCAAUGGGGUCCACUAAGAAGUGGGAUUGAGAUAUUUUGCUUCCGCAAACGUUGAGGUGGAGGUAUUUCUUACCGUAGGAUUUUAGGCGGUUGGCGGUGGACUCGGUAUCUCCGCCGUCAGAUAUUUUGUUUAAAGAAAUGGGAUUUCCAGAUAUUUUUAUCUUUUGGUAUUUGGGAAAGAAGAAGAAGAUUUUUUUCAGUAAUAUCAGAGGAUGAGAUUUCCAGCUCUGUUGAGCUUCUUCUUCACUGAAACAUAAAAAGACUUUGUUUUUUUUUUAUUUUUUUUAUUUUUUUUUUGGGUUCUUGGUUACAGAGAGAGUGAGAUAGAGAAAUGGGAGAGGUGGUUCUGAGCAGUGAAGAUAUGGAAGUGAAGGGUUGGAAUGAAAUAGAGAAGGAGAACACAGAGACAGAAAGCGGGACAACAAUGAAGAUGAAGAAAGAUGGUUGCGGUUCAAGUGGUGUGGUUGUGAGGUGGGAAAAAUUCUUGCCCAGAAGGAUGAUGAGGGUUUUGUUGGUUGAAGCCGACGACUCUACAAGGCAAAUUAUCUCUGCGCUUCUCAGGAAAUGCAGCUAUAGAGUUGCUGCUGUACCUGAUGGCUUAAAGGCAUGGGAAUUACUGAAGGGAAGACCCAAUAAUGUUGACCUCAUAUUAACAGAAGUGGAUCUCCCAUCGAUUUCUGGAUUUGCCUUGCUCACGUUGAUUAUGGAGCAUGAAGUUUGCAAAAACAUCCCAGUCAUAAUGAUGUCUUCUCAGGAUUCAAUUAGCACAGUCUAUAAAUGUAUGAUGAGAGGUGCCGCUGACUAUCUUGUCAAGCCAAUUAGGAGGAAUGAGCUGAGCAAUCUGUGGCAGCAUGUAUGGAGAAGACAAUCCUCGGCUGUAAAUGGCCCCAAAGGUGACAGUGUUGCGCAAGAAAAGGUUGAAGCCACUUCUGAAAACGAUGCUGCAAGUAAUCACUCAAAUGGAUAUGUGGCAUGUGUUCAGAGAAAUGAUGAAAAUAUUGAUAAAGGGAGUGAUGCUCAGAGCUCUUGUACAAAGCCAGAAAUGGAAGCUGAGAGUGUUCACAUGGAAAAUAUGCAGGAAUUGUCGCAAGCAGUACAAGGAAAAUCUUUUCUGGAUGACUUUAGAGUACAGAAAGACGAACCAAACAUCAAUAUGAGCAGGAAAUUGCUUGUCCAUGGAAGUGAAACUGGAGGAUUAAUGGCAACCACUUAUGGGGAUACUGGAGCAGAAAUGACCCCAACCAAGGGUUUCAAUCCAGAAAGCUUGAGGGAUAGUAAUAUGUCUAGUGCAGCUGGUGACAAUAAUGAUGUCUCUGUCAACUGUUCUAGAAAUGUCAUCGACUUAAUUGGAGCUUUUGAUAAUCACCCACCUCACAAUUAUAAAAUUGCUUCUAGUAAUGUAACUGGCAAGUUUGAUUGUGAUCCACAAUUGGAUCUUUCAUUAAGAAGAUCACGUUCCAGUAGCUUAGAGAAUGGUGAGAAAAAGCAGAAGCUUGGGCAUUCUAACUCCUCAGCCUUUACACGAUACACCAACAGGCCAGUGCAGUUGCUAAAUCCAACAUCAGCCAGUACUUAUGAUCAAGGAAAAGAAUGUGCAACAACAUCUGAGAAUCAUAGAUUGAAUGUCGGUACUGGUUACAGUUAUAAUUCUGAUACUGUGGCUCCCACAUUAAGUACUCCAAAAAGUGUUAUCACACGGGCUACGGGUCAAUCUAACAAUUCUGAAAUUGCAUCUUUGUGUCCUCAACGGAGAGUAUAUCCUGUCCCGGUUCCUGUGAAAGGUGUAAGGUUUAGUAACCUACGCACAGGUUAUGGUUCUGUACUUCCUCCGGUAUUUUGUUCCCAAUCAGGUCAAUCAUCCAUGCUCAGUCCAGGUUCUACAGCCCGACAGGAAUCCUCAUUUCUAAUUAAUUCAUUUUAUCAGAAGAAUCUUGAAAUAAAUAAAUCUGAGCAGGUGUAUGAUUCACAAUGCCAAAACACCAACAUCGCUACCGACCAAAAUAUGCACAGGCAGGAACACAAAUUGGAUUCUUUGGAGGAUAGGGGGCACAUUUCUCCUACCACUGAUCAGAGUGCUACCAGUAGUUUCUGUAAUGGCAAUGCAAGUCAUCUUAAUAGCAUGGGCUAUGGAAGUGCUUGUGGAAGUAACAGCAAUGUGGAUCAGGUUUCUAUCAUUAGAACUGCUUCAGAUGCAAAGAAUGAUGAAUGUUUUCUUACACAAAAUGGAAACUCUCAUCGAUCCACACAAAGAGAAGCAGCUCUAACUAAAUUCCGCUUGAAGCGAAAAGAUAGAUGCUAUGACAAGAAGGUUCGUUAUGAGAGCAGAAAAAAACUUGCAGAGCAGAGACCAAGAGUUAAGGGACAGUUUGUCCGGCAAGUGCAAAAUGAAAAUCCACUUGCAGAAACUGAUGGGAAUUUCUAUGAUGGUUGACUAUUUAGCUUCAGACAGUUAGGAAGAGGAGGGUAGGAAAAUCUGGAGACCUCAGAAAUCAGAAUGGUGAAUAUAUAUAUAUAUAUAUGUAUAUGUAGCUAAGCUUUUUCUUCAGAGACAAGAGGAAGCCUGAAGGCCUUGACAUGCUUUCUAACAGCACUUCCUAUUCAUCCUAUUUGUGAAUAGUCACUCACUCGCAUGAAAUUUUUAUUGUAGGGUAGCAUUUGUAAUUUUAUUCGUUUUCUGAAGAGCUUUUUUUUUUUGUUUUUUUGGGUUGUAUGUAGAUUCGUUGAAAUACAAUCUAUAGAGGUCCUCAUAUUGGUCCACCUAUUUUAUUUAUA